AUGCGUUAUAUCAAGUGUUCUAGCAGCCUUUGUGGUAUAUAUCUGGCCCAGAUUAUCCUGGCAGAACCAUUAGUGACUAUCCAAAAGUCUCAAGUCACAUAUCACGGCAUCAUAUCCCAGUCAAUUGAACAUUUCCAAAAUAUCAAGUAUGCACACGAUACAUCUGGUCAGCGUCGAUUUUCUCCUCCAGAGUCCUUCAUUCCUCCUCCAGGCACAAUUGUCGAUGCAUUAUCUCCCGGACCAUCAUGUCUUCAGACUCAGGACGCCAUGCUGCCAUUCUUUUCCGAAACCGGUGAAAUCAGCGAGGACUGUCUUCACCUUCGGAUAUCAAGGCCUGCAACUAACACGAUCGACUCUGAGAGCAAACUUCCAGUAGUGCUUUGGGUUCAUGGUGGAGGAGUAGUCAAAGGCUCUAGUUACGAUCCCCAUUUCGAUCCUACGAAUCUGAUCAAAUUAUCAGUAUCCGAUGGAAAGCCAAUCAUCUACGUCGCAAUCAACUAUCGACUAACAAUCUUCGGUUUCGCUCGUACACCAUCUCUGAAAAACGAAAAGUCUCUGAACGGUGGCAUGAGGGAUCAGCGCAUGGCAAUGGAAUGGGUCAAAGAAAACAUCGAAGAUUUCGGAGGAGAUUCGCAGCGUAUUACGGCUUUUGGUCUGAGUGCGGGAGGAACUUUUAUAUCGUUGCAUACCAUGGCCUAUGGCGGUGAUAGAGGAGUGCCAUUCCAGCAAGCUUGGAUGAUGUCUGGUCCGCCGGCGACAGCACUGAAUAUGACUUCAGAUGCGACGGAAAUACAUACAAAAGCCGUGGCUGAACUUGCUGGAUGUGAUUUGGAAGAUUCGAAAAUGCUUCAAUGUUUACGCGAUCUUCCAUUUGAACAACUGUUGAAGACGGCAAUGGACUAUUCGAGAGAGACUCACCCGCCAGCUGACAUUCCUAUAGUCUUUGGUUGGACUCAAAACGAUGGUGCAAUAAACGCUGGACCUGCCCAUCUUAUCCAAACGGAAGAAGAUAUGAUUAUGCCAAUCAAAGCUUUCGCACACGCCUUAACCAAUGAGCAAUUGAAGACCCUGUUCUCGCUUUACCCCGUCGAAUCAUUCGAAGUAGAAUUGCAGAACUACAAAACUCAAUCUCCUGGCGUCGAAGUCACAGUCCACUAUUUCCGCCUCUCCCGCAUCCUCAGGGACUUACUAUUCACUUGUUCUUCGCUCGAAUUCGGAUAUCAGAUGUUCUCGCAGACACGAACCACAUCAAACCCGAACUUCAAUAACGUCAGGUUUUAUAACCUGAACCAGAGCAUGCUUACACCCAUUUGGAAAGGUGCAGGAAUGCCGUAUAUCGGUGUUUCUCACGGAUCGGACACUAACUAUAUUUUUAAUGGUGUGUUCCCUGAAGGUGAGAUCAGCGCAGAAGAUCAGGCAUUAUCUGAAAGUCUUGCGAGGAGCUUGAUUAAUUUUGCAACCACCAGCGAUCCUGACUCCAAAAAUGACGUGGAAGAUGAAUGGCCUUCCGCAUUUCCAUCUGUUGGAGUAUCAAAUGGUUUCCCGUCAAGUGUUAAGAUUCAAGUGAUUGGUGGCCCUUACGGUACUGGAUCGAGCUCUAUUACCGUUUCUCAAAAAGCACGCGGGGGAAGUGACAAGUAUGAAUAUGCGACCGACGACCAAGCUCAACAUAUCCUCGAUAUGGGAGAAAUGGAUUCUUCAAGCGCUCAAAUGAGGCAGCGCCAAAUAGAGAACGAGGAUCUUUUUCGGCGUUGUGAGUAUAUUAAUAGCUUGGCGGAGACAUUAGGCAUUUGA